CUUGACAUUUCACUUGAUUAUGUCUAUAAGCGAUAACAUAGUAAUCUAUUAUAUUUCAUAAAAAUAAAUAAACGUCACGCAAAUUUCUCUUCUUAUUUUUUCGGAUAUUUAUUUAAUACUUAGUGUAUCAAAAGGAUUGGAACUUUGCAGACAUGAAUUUCUCACUGUAUCAUCACCGAAAAUUAUCAGAUAUUAUAUCAAUUCCAAAAGGACUUCCAGAACUUAUGGCUGAUAUCACAAAACAAGUAAUUAAAUAUCAACCGCAAAAUUUGGAAGAAUUUUUGGCUGAAUAUUUAGAUGCACUCGUUCAGACUCGGGAAUUCUUACAUAUUGCAGAAACUACUGUUGACGAUGUAUUGAUCAAUAGCUUACAAAUAAAGGAAUUGAUGAGAAAAACUAAUAUGAGUCUGGAGCAGGCAAAUCAGUGCUGUACAGUAAUUAGAAGUGAGUUUUCAAAACAUUUAUCGCUAAUUCAAAAUACUAAGUCCAUGAAAGAAUUUGAUGUCGUUAAACGACUGAUUUAUGAAUGUAAUUUGAGUAUUGCACAAGCUAGAAAAGUUUCAAAAAUUAUUGAAAUUUCCUGGCACUUUUUCUAUCAUCAAAACAAAACAUCCUUGCUUAAUAACAAUUUACAUGAAUUAAGGCUGAAAAAAGAAGCUAAUGAUAUCACCAUUAAAAUUCAAAGUCCAAGUAGUGUAGAGGCGGAAGAAGCAACAAUAAAAAUACAAUCUUGGUUCAGACGACUAAAGAUUAAGGAAAAGGAAAGAGAACAAUUUAAAUUGAUGCAAAAAUCUGCCACAAUAAUUCAGGCACUUUCUCGUGGUUAUAUUCAGCGAAAAAAAAAUUAGUAUGCCAAAAAAAUAAAGUGACAAUAUUGUAUAAAAAAAA